AUGAAUCCUCCCUCACGACAGGACGAGGCGGAUGCGUUCUUUGGGGCGAUCGAAUCACCAGACAACAGGGACAGCUCAAAUCCAGUCUUGCCCUUUACUACUUCAACAUCAGCUACUCUCAGUCCGUCCGCAUCACCGUCUCGGCUACAACAACCUCAGGACUCUGAAGGGCAGUCUCCUACGUUGGACGACCUCUUGCAGCAGCCUACAACGACAACAACAACAACAACAACAGCAGCAACAACAGCAACGUCGUCAUUUUUAGGGCCUUCACCAACACAACCACCCCGAGAAUCCUCGACUUCUCCACGGCCAUUGUUCGGUGGAUCUUCUGUCACCAGGGUGGCCUCACCACCCAUGCUCCGUCAACAACCCGGGAUGAGUCCUGCGAUCCAGAAGGGACCCGUUUCGUUAGGACUUGCGCUUGGCGGAUCUGGGUUCCGACGGAAACCAUUGUUCGAGCCCGAGGAGGAGGAGGAGGAUGAUAAUGAUCAUCAUUAUGCAGGUGGUGGCGAGCACGAUAAGAGUCGAUCCUCGGCUAUUCAGGAGUUGACGCGGUCAGGCGGCAUUGACCAGGAAGACGGUGAAGCGCAACUGGAUUCGCAUGGACAGAGUCGGCAAUGGAAUGGUACUGACAAUGGUGAGGAUGGAGAGGAGGAUGAAGAGGAGGACGCGGAUUCGGAGACGCCGUUGCAGCCGCAUGAACCUAUCCGAGGACUCGAGAGUCGACAUGAUUUCAACUUUUUUAAGAACAAGGCGCACCCGGAGAGCAACAGGACAAGGGCAAGUUCGUUCUUCAGUCGACUCGGCGUUGGAUCUACUGCCUUGGGGAACAAUCUCGGGAUGGGCGGUCUUAACAGCGGUAACAGCAACAGCAGUGGGGGCAUGAACAGCAGUGGCAUGGCACCUUCUCCACGGUUAGGCAUGGGACCCUUUGCGUCGGGAGCCAGGAUUGGACAAUCACGAAUGCCUGGGAAGCUGUUCUUCCCCAGAGCUGUUCCUGGUCAGAGACAUCAUGGACUUAAUUCAACGUCUAGCAGUAAUACUGGCGGAGGCGUUGCUGGCGGAUCUGGCUCUAGAGGCGGAGGUGUGGGUGGACCAGGAUCUGGAACCGGCGGUCAGGAUGAUGUAGAUAGCCGUGUUAAUGAGUCAGGGGCGCUUUCGAAUGACCCUAGUCCGAUUUACCCUGGCGGCAUGAACCCGUACCAUGAUGAUGCUGUUGACUGGGUUGUUGAAGGAACCGGCAUGCGUGUUGCUUACGACGAUUUCACAACCAUUGAUUGGAUUCACGACUUUGCACAGGAGAGACAAAGGACGAGGAAAUUGCAUCGCCAACCAGGCGUUGCGGGCCAGAUUGCGGUUAUAUACGACUGGGUUCAGGGAUGGAUUGUCGUGUUGGCUGUUGGAAUCGCUGCUGGUAUUGUUGCAGGUGGAUCUGAUAUUGCGUCUCAAUGGCUCGGAGAUAUCAAGGAGGGCUACUGUGAUACCGCCUUUUAUCUCAACAGGAACUUUUGCUGCUGGGGACUCGAUGAAACGGAUACGUGCACGGAAUGGGUUCCAUGGAACAGCGCGACGUUUGUGGUCGGCUACAUCUUUUACAUCAUGUUUGCGCUCAUGUUCGCCACCACUGCCGCCUACCUCGUCAAAACAUUUGCACCCUACGCUGAAGGAUCAGGAAUCCCAGAAGUGAAAACUAUCCUGGGAGGCUUUGUUAUUCGCCAUUACCUCGGAGUGGAGACCUUGGUCAUCAAGACUGUGACCCUGGUGCUCUCCACGGCUGCAGGACUGUCUCUCGGAAAGGAGGGUCCCCUACUACACAUCAGCUGCUGUAUCGGUAACAUCUUGCCCAGGAUAUUCCCCAAAUUCAAAAAGAACGAAGCCAAGAUGCGCGAGAUCCUGUCAGCGGCCGCAUCGGCAGGUAUCUCUGUCGCUUUUGGAGCUCCUAUUGGAGGAGUUGUGUUCUCGCUGGAGGAGAUGUCUUAUUACUUUUCAUCGGAUACGAUGUGGCAUUCGUUCUUUUGUGCGAUGGCUGCGGCUGUGGCGUUGAAGUUGAUGGAUCCCUUCAGAACUGAGAAGCUGGUUGUUUUCCAGGUCUCGUAUGAUCGUGAUUGGCAUGGGUUUGAGAUGUUCUUCUACAUGCUCCUCGGCAUCCUCGGUGGCUUGUGGGGCGCGUUCUUUAUUAGGAUGAACUUGCGACUGGCUGCGUUCCGCAAAACGUCGUGGCUGAGGAUCUUUCCUAUCUAUGAGGUCUUUGCAGUCUGUCUCUUGACUGCCGUCGUUGGAUACCUGAACAUCUUCACUCGUGUGCAGUCACCAGAGUUGCUUGCGAAUUUGUUCCGCGAGUGUGAUGGCGGUGCCGGAAACUACCAUGGUCUUUGCGACGGCAUAAAGGGAAUCCUUACAAUCUUGACCUUUGGCCUAGCGAUCCCCGCAGGAAUCUUUAUGCCCUCAAUGGUCAUUGGCGCGCUAUUUGGUCGAGCGUUGGGUAUGAUUGUUCAAGCCUGGCAAACAAACCAUCCUGGAUUCUGGAUGUUUGCAUCGUGUCUUCCGGAUGUCCCCUGUGUCACCCCGGGGUCUUAUGCAAUGGUCGGCGCGGCCGCUUUCAUGGGCGGUGUUACUCGGAUGACGGUUUCGUUGGUUAUUAUCAUGUUUGAGUUGACGGGUGCUCUAACCUAUGUCCUUCCCAUCAUGAUCGUCGUGAUGACGAGCAAGUGGGUGGGAGACGCGUUCGGGAAAGAAGGCAUAUUCGACGGAAUCAUCCUCCUCUGCGGAUACCCUUUCCUGGGCGACAAGGAAGAAUACAAACUCAACACAAUGGCAUCCCAAGUCAUGACGCCCGUCGAAGACCUCGUCGUCGUCACCGCCACCGGCAACACCCUUGACUCCCUCGACAAUCUCCUCCACGAGACCCAUUACAAAGGCUACCCUGUCGUCAAUUCUCUCCGGGAUAUGAUGCUGGUCGGAUAUAUCUCGAGGACAGAAUUGAGGUAUGCGAUUGAUGAAGCCAGGAGGAGGAAUCUGCCGGGGAAUACUCCUGCGGGCAAUGUAGUCCCAAUAUUGGAGAACACGCCGGCGUUUAUAGAGUUCCGGCUUUGGAUGGAUCAGACGCCGAUUACUGUUAGUCAUCGGUUCCCGAUGGAUCAGGUCAUUGUCAUCUUCCGCAAACUGGGAGUGCGGUAUGUGCUGUGUACGCAACAUGGUCAGUUGUUGGGAUUGAUUACGAAGAAGGAUGUGUUGAAACAUUUGUCGUCGAUUGAACAUCCUGGCGAGCAAGAGUCUUCUUAG